AUGCUGGAGCAAAGGAUCAACAAGAAUCCUCACAUUUUGCCCAAUAUCACCCUGGGCUUUGACAUCUACGAGAACUAUUAUGAACCAGGACUGACUGCCGAUGCCCUGAUGGACUUGCUCUCCACCGGACAGGCAAAUGUCCCAAACUACAUUUGUGGAAGAGAGAAGAGGCUACUGGCUGUGAUUGAAGGGACCGAGUCUAACAUUUCCGAGCAGAUUUCCACCAUGUUGAACCUCUACAAGAUGCCACAGGUCAGUUAUGGUUUUGUGUCUGAAACUCUGAAUGAUAAAACCAAUUUCCCAUUCAUCUACCGCAUAGUCCCCAAAGAAGAAUACUUGUAUUGGGGAAUUGCCAAAGUGCUCCAUCAUUUCAGAUGGAACUGGGUCGGUCUUCUAGCACCAGACACUGACAAUGGAAAAAGAUUUCUCCGAACUUUGAGGCCCAUAUUAACCAGAAACACAAUUUGUGUAGCCUUCUCGGUGAACAUCCCAAUAUUGCCCUGGAAAAUGAGGCUAUUGUUCAAUGAACCAUUUCACUUGUGGAACAAUGUCAGUGUUUUCAUAUAUUACGGGGAACACCGUCACUUGUAUUCCUUGAUAAAAGCCUUACAAUCCUACAUUGAAAGGCACAUCAAGCCCAUCCUGGCAAAAGUUUGGAUCACCACAGCAAUGUGGGACCUCACUCUGAAUUUAUCUGACAACAUACUGUCUCCUCAGCACCUCCGGGGUUUUUUCUCUUUCUUAAUCCAUACUGAAAAAAGACCGCAAGUUUCAGAAACAUUUUUUGGCAUGAUGCAAAACUUUGGCAAAAUGGUGUUCAACUGUUCAUAUUCCAGACACCUCUUUUCUGUGAAAGGAAGGGUGAGGUGCCAGGAGAAUGAAGAAUUGAAGAACCUGGAGGAAGAGGUGGUGGAAAAAACCUUCUCUCUGGACAGCUACAGUAUUUACAACCUUGCCUGGGCAGUCGCUCGGGCUUCACACGAUGCCUACUUAUCCAGGUCCAAGCAAAAAGCAAAGAAGAAAAGAGAUCACAGGCUGGUCCUUCAGGCAUGGCAGUCCCUUCCUCACUCCAGGUGCACCACAAACUGUCACCCUGGCCAAGCCAAGGUGGUCUUGGAAGGAAGGCCUCUUUGUUGCUAUGGAUGUAUCUUGUGCGCCAAAGGAACCAUCUCCAUUCAGGAAGAUGCAGAGAAGUGCACAAGAUGUCCAAAAAAUCACCAUCCGAAUAUAGGCCAAAAUAAAUGCAUCCCCCAAAAUAUAACCUUCUUGUCGUACAAAGAAGACCUGGGAAUGAUUCUAGCUUCCUUUGCCAUCUUCUUAUCUUUGGUCACUGUCUUUGUCUUAGCAAUCUUCAUCAAAUUCUUAGAAACUCCAAUAGUCAAGGCCAACAACCGGGACCUCUCCUACCUCCUCCUGGUCUCUCUCCUCCUAUCCUUCUUGACUUCCCUCCUCUUCAUUGGUCCUCCCAAGCCAAUCACCUGCCUUCUCCGACAAACCUCCUUCAGCACCAUCUUUUCCAUUGCUGUCUCUUCUGUCUUGGCUAAAACUAUCAUGGUUGUGCUGGCCUUCCUGGCCACAAAGCCUGGGAACUUUGUGAGGAGAUGGCUGGGAAAGACUCUGGCCAACUCCAUUGUCCUUUCUUGCUCCGGUCUCCAAGUUGUCAUUUGCAUCGUCUGGCUGGGAGUUUCUCCCCCAUUCCCUGAGUCUGACACACACUCUCAGACCAAUCAGAUUGUCCUGCAGUGCAACGAAGGUUCUGUUGUUAUGUUUUAUCUUGCCCUGGGCUAUAUGGGCUUCCUGGCUGCCAUCUCCUUUGUGGUGGCUUUCCUGGCCAGGAACUUGCCUGGGGCCUUCAAUGAAGCCAAGCUGAUCACCUUCAGCAUGCUGGUGUUCUGCAGCGUCUGGGUGUCCUUUGUGCCCACCUAUCUGAGUACCAAAGGGAAGUACAUGGUGGCUGUGCAGGUCUUCUCCAUCUUGACCUCCAGUACUGGACUGUUGGGAUGUAUCUUCAUCCCCAAGUGCUACAUUAUUAUUCUGAGGCCAGGUCUGAAUACAAAGGAGCAUCUAACAGCAAACAGUAAAGAUGGCUUGAAAGUGAAUGCAAAAUAG